CGGACACCAUUCGGGGAAGGACCGCGAGUCAGCGAAGAGAUGGCGUCCUGUUCAUGAGAGGAAAGAGAAAACAACCCGACAACGAGGAGCGCUGAUGCCAUUUGACAGCUAUGACAACACACGGAUUCAAAAAUAGCAAACAAGAAUUUAACUUUGGGCCAUGGAAGCUCACUGCCAACAAAAGCCACAUAAUGAAAUCAAAGGACAUUGAAAGGUUAGCUGAGGAGAUGAAUAUACACAGCCUUCCAGAGAUGUUGUUUGGUGAUAACAUAUUGAAGGUGCAGCAUGCUGGCGGGUUUGGAAUUGUGUUCAAUGCUACAGAUGCUCUGAGAAGAGUGGAUAAUGGGCACGGAACAGUGAAAGUAGCAUGUGCAGAUGCAUGGCAGGAGAGCCGGGCCGAUUCCGAACACAGCAAGGAAAUUGCUAAAUCCUACGAUUGGACAUUUACAACGGAUUAUAAAGGAACACUAAUGGGUGAUCAGGUGAAGUUAAAGGUUACUCCCACAACUGACCGCAUUGAUUUGGAGAAAUUGAAAGCAAGAGAACAGAUCAUGUAUUUUGAAGAGGUUUUGCUGUUUGAAGAUGAACUUCACGAUCAUGGGGUUUCCAUGCUCAGUGUUAAAGUGAGAGUGAUGCCAUCUAGUUUCUUCUUGCUGCUGAGGUUUUUUUUGAGAGUUGAUGGUGUGCUCAUCCGGACAAAUGACACAAGAAUAUAUCACGAGGCUGAUAAAAACUACCUUCUCUCUGAAUACACCUCUCGGGAAAGUAAGAUGUCAUCUCUUGAGAACAUACCGCCAUCUCUCUACACUGAUCCAAAUGAGAUCUCCCAGUAUUUACCUCUUAAGUACUUGCUCUGUGAGAAGUUGGAAUUUCCUCCGGGUGUGGACAACACCUCAGUAUGUGGAAGCGCGCAGAACUCAGCGACUAUUGAUAGUACAAAUACACCACCAGCAAAAACGUGACAUUCUACAAGGAGGAAAAACAAAGUCGUAUUUUUUUAAAAAUGUGAUAGAUUAGUAUAAUCAUUUUUUUCAUUAUUUCAAAAGUGGCAUUUCUGAAAAAUUACUGAUGUGAAUUUUAUCUCCUAUAUUCGGCAGUUAAAAUUCUUAAAUUGAUGCAAAUGACAUUUGGUGUAUUAAAACAAUCUUAAUUGGCUUGUUCCAGUAGCUACAGUAGAAGUUAAAAUGGUGACGUGAAAGUGCAGCUGUGGAUCUGACUUUUUGUGAUGUGAUGUUUCUAUUUUUUGCUGGUGAAAUCUUGAACUUGUUGACAUUGGAAACAGCAUGGAAUUUUACUGCCCAAUGAACAAUUAAAGUGAAAAAUUGGCAGAAAUAGGGCAUAUGGUUUUAAGCAGUACUAAAUGCAUUGUUCUGGCAUAUUGGCAUUAAGAGUAUGCUCACAAGUGUGCCUCAGCAUAGGUACUGUCUGUCACUACAAUUAAUGUGUGUUUUCUUGUGUACUUAGUAAUUUGAAGCACGCAUCCAUGUAGGUGAUUGUCACAGGCAGCCAUUUAUUGCAAAUUACUUUUGUGUAGUUUUGCUUUGCUGAUCAAUCAAAAUAAGCCAAUAAUGGGUAUCUUUAAAAAAAAGUUUGAAUGUAUAAAGUCUAACUCAAAUAAAGAUUGAUUUCUGAAUAGAA